GCCGCUCUGCAGACUCAGCCUCCCCGGACCCUGGCUGCAGACGCCCCACACUCGGACUUCGUCCCCGGGUUUCAUCAUUAAUGAGCAGGCCCCGGGGACGGGAGGGUCUCUCGGUCCUUUCUGCGGCCUCCGAGUCACCGUCCACCGCUCCAUGGCCUCCGCCCAGAAGCCGCUGCAAGGCCUGGUGGCCGCCACCCUCACGCCCAUGACGGAGCUCGGAGAGGUGGACACCCGCGUCAUUGGCCGCUACGUGGAUUAUCUCGUCGAGGAGCAGGGCGUGAAGAGCGUGUUCGUGAACGGCACCACGGGAGAGGGACUGUCUCUGAGCCUGGCAGAGCGCCGCCUGGUGGCCGAGGAGUGGGUGACACAGGGGAAGAACAAGUUGGACCAAGUGGUCGUUCACGUGGGCGCCCUGAGCCUGAGGGAGUCCCAGGAACUGGCUCGACAUGCAGCUGCCAUCGGGGCUGACGGCAUCGCGGUCAUGGCCCCUUUCUUCCUCAAGCCCAGGAGCAAAGAUGCUCUGGUGAGCUUCCUGGAGGAGGUGGCCUCCGCGGCACCCACGCUGCCCUUCUACUACUACCAUAUUCCAGCCAUCACCGGGGUGAAGAUUCGUGCCGAGUCCCUGCUGGACGGGAUCCAGGAGAGGGUCCCCAGCUUCCAGGGGCUGAAAUUCAGCGACACAGACCUCCUGGACUUCGGGCAGUGCGUGGACCAGAACCAGAACCAGAACCAGCGCCUGGCCCUCCUGUUCGGGGUGGAUGAGCAAUUGCUGAGCGCCCUGAUGCUGGGGGCCACCGGAGCAGUGGGCAGCACCUAUAACUACCUGGGGAAGCAGACCAACCAGAUGGUGGAGGCUUUCCAGCGGAAGGAUUUCUCCUCUGCACAGAAUUACCAGUUUUGCAUCCAGAGGUUUGUCAACUUCGUCGUCAAGCUGGGGAUCACUCCUGGCGGUGCUCGGGAUGCCGGGGAUCGAGCCCAGGUGGGCCACGUGCAAGGUUUUGGGGUGGCCCAGACCAAAGCAAUCAUGAGCCUGGUGUCAGGGAUCCCCAUGGGCCCCCCGCGGCUGCCCCUGCAAAGGGCCUCUCCCGAAUUCAUCCGUCUCGCCGAAGCCAAGCUGAAGAGCUUAGAUUUCCUUCCUUCGGCGGGUGCCAAGGACGGAAGUGCAGAGGCCUGUGGCUAGCGGCUCUUUCUGGAAGCUAUUUGCUCCCCCUGGUUCUUUUUCCCCACCGGAGCCUUACCCUAAGUCAAUAAAAGUCUCAU